GUGAGUAGCUAAGGCUGUGAGCUAGAUUAUCAUCGACGCUGCUUUACGCAAGUGAUGAUCCGCCAGAAGUCUAAGUAGACAUCUCUGUGAUUGAAUUGGCCGCUGGCGUGCUUUCUACUGAACUUGUGCACGUACUAGUACUAGUAGUGCCUGCAUCACAUGUGCACCGCUUGCACGGUGUCAAAUGUACAACCAGUCACACACUCACCCUCUCGCAUCAGAAUUACCACUAUCUCUCUUACAACGAAACAUAAUGGCGGUCCCACACGAUGCUCAGUCCGCCGCACUGCUUGCCCACGUCGCGACACAAUUGCAGCUCAAUAUCUCCUUCCUGGAGUCUCAGGAAUACAUGUCUGCUGAAGAUGCCCGCAGCAUGCGUGAAAUCAUAUCACGUCUGCCCGGCGGCGCAGGCCAGUCGGUUGUGACCACCAGUUUUGAUUUUAUCGAUCCAGCAGUCGUGACUAGAGCUAUCCCGCCUCCAGCAGACAUGCCUAAAGGGAGAGCGAUUCCGCCCCUACCUGUACAAGCGCCCCCGAUAUCGCCUAUUUCCUCCCAGAAACCUAGACUCGUGAAAGCUAUCUGGGCAUACAACGAAGACGGGGGAGAACCAAACGAUCUCUCGUUUGCUACUAAUGAAGUCAUUGAAGUCGUCUUGGAGAAGAACGAAGAUUGGUGGGUUGGUCGCGCACGUGGUCGGGAGGCUCUAUUCCCGUCUAAUCACGUCGAGAGCGUAGACGCUUCUACCAUCCCCCAAGCUGAUGCAGUUGCAACGACUGCAAAGAAACCAUAUAGGCCAUUUGGCGCUGCUCUGCAUGGGACUGAUAAACCUCCCGCCGUGGGUGUAGGCAUCAACUCUGUUGGUCUGCAGGAAGCAUCUGGUCAGGCAGAAAAGAAGAAUAAAUACGGAAAGUAUGGUAACACGAUGGCCCACUCAGCUGCAGGGGGCGUUGGGUUUGGUGCUGGUGCUGCCAUUGGCGGUGGUUUGAUCAGAGCGAUUUUCUGAUAUGGUCGUGGCACAUGGUUCGGAACUUUAGCUAUCACAUGGACCUGGUAUAGGCAGUAUCUAUUUAUAAUCAUUCGUUGUGUCUUCGAGUAUAUUGGCAAGCAAGUUGAAAUACUGAUCGUCCAGUUGCGCUGUA